GGAAGAAGCCCCGCCAUGGCCCUGCUGCUGGCCUGCCUGCUGCUGGCCUGCCUGCCGGCCGGUUGUCUCUCCCUGCUGGUGACCGUGCCAGAUACUGAGCGUUACACCACCUUAUUUGCCAGCGUCAUCCUCAAGUGUGAUUACAGCACCUCAGCACAGCUGCAGGAUGUCGUGGUGACCUGGCGCUUCAAAUCCUUCUGCAAGGACCCCAUCUUCGACUACUACUCAGCCUCGUACCAGGCCGGUUUAGCUCUUGGCCAGGACCCUUCUGAUGACUGCAAUGACAGCCAGCGGAAGGUGCGCGUUGUCAUCCAGAAAUACGGACAGAAUGAGCCUGUGCUGGGUGUGGACUACCGGCAACGGAAGAUCACCAUUCAGAACCGGGCAGACCUUGUCGUCAGUGAGGUCAUGUGGUGGGACCAUGGCGUGUACUACUGCACUGUGGAAGCACCAGGAGAUACCUCAGGCGAUCCAGACAAAGAAGUUAAGCUAAUUGUGCUGCACUGGCUCACAGUACUCCUCAUCGUCCUCGGUGGCCUCAUCCUCCUCUCGCUGAUAGGAAUAUGCUGGUGCCAGUGCUGCCCCCAGUAUUGCUGCUGCCACAUUCGGUGUGUCUGCUGCCCAACCCGCUGCUGCUGUAAUGAGGAAGCCCUGGAACGGCAUCGGUUCGUGAAGCAGGCUCAGGCACUCGCGCCUUGGAUGUCACCUAACGUGUUCUACAGAGGUGGCGACAGGAACUCGCAACUUUCCUCUUACCAGCUGAACCCUCUACUGCAACGAGAUGUGUCUCUGCACAACAGCCUCCCGCUGGUGCAGCCACCAGCUCAACUUGCCCCUAACAAUGGUGUUCUGGACUACCUGGAGUCUGAAAUCCAAAAGCUGAGCCUGUCGCAGCCCCAGCCACCUCCCCACCAGCGACAGGCUGUGCAGCCCAGCCUGCUGUCCUCCCUGGGCUCCGAGGUGGUGCCGCGCAGCCUACCAGGACCUCCUCCUCCGCUCGCCGACCGCGUCCCCUCCUCCCAUGGGGGCAGCAACUCCUCACGGCCACCCAGAGAUGCCCGCAGCCACAGGCAUUGGGAUUCAGCAGCAGAGAACAGGAGGGAAAAUCAGAGGUGGCCCUUGCCGUCCAGUGGGGAUUCUCGUUCCAGCUACAGUCGGGAGCCCCGGGACAGGCAGCGAGAGGAUUAUCCGCAGCGGCAGAGGACAGGUGGCUACACCAGCAGGCCCCAGCACUCCAGGCGGGAUGCAUCACCCCCCCGCCGGACUCAGAGGGGCAAGAGCAGCAGCAGCAGCUGCGGUUUCUAUUCGGAGGAGCCCAGGGAGCGCCCUGGCCACCAUCGUGGUGGGAGGCGAGAGUACCAGCAGCACGCCGGGAGGAGCAAUAGCUCAGGUCAGCGGAGGCACAGCUACUCUCCUCCGUCCCGCCGGGGCUCCUGGAGCUCCUCAGAAGAGCAUGAUCACGUCCCAGCAACCAACCGCAGGCGGCGCAAUCGGUCUCGGGACUGGCCAGAAGACAAACCCCCCAGUUACCGCUCGCUGGAAAUCAUCCCAGAUCGAGGCAGCAAGCACAGGGACGGUGUGGGACUGCGGUCGGACAGAGGGAGUUCCCACAGUGCAAGAAGCAUAGUAAUUUAAUGCCACUGCUGAGAGAACUGGGAUUCCCAGUGGACUCCUCUUAGCUUUUCAGCUAUGUGCAUUGGAACGGCUGCUUUUAAUUGAACAGGCAACCAGCAAACAAGACAAAAGAUGAAGCUACUUCCCCUUAAACUUGUGACCCUGAAGAAUUUAUGUCUAGUGACCUUGAAAGCAAUAUGUAAUGCCUUUUUGUUACUGCUUUGAUUUCGAGACUUAAGUUUUUAAUGGGCUGUGAUCCACUGAAAAUUUUCUAUUGGAAACAGCGGAAUUUUUUAAUAAACAUUGUAUUCCCAGACUUCAAAGAGAGACAUCAGUUGCCUUGGUUAGGUACCCUGGCCCUACAAGGAGCCCAGUCUGUAGAAUGCUGGUCCUUUGCACACCAGUUACUAGAGAAUGACUCAGAUAAUCGCAGAGCUGUGAAGUCACAGAACACUAGAAUAAUUUUAAGUUGGAGGAGGCCUCUGGAGCUCAUCUGAUCAGGCCCCCUCAGAGUCUGGUGCAGGGCGGCACAACAUCUCCUUUCGUAGGCCCUCUGUUAUACUUCAGAGUAUGUAACAUUUCUGCUUCUGCCUGGCUAUUCAGCAUAGUUGGGCGUUUACUUCCUUUUGUCUCUGGUAAGCCUCUCUCCCUAAAAGAAUUUACUUGUAAAUGUAACAGGCUAAAAUUUACCAAAGCUUGGUUGUCCCCCACAAGGACUGAG